GCUGAGGAGAAGUACAAGAUCUGGAUGAGGCACCGCUACAACGACUGCGUGGGCUGCUUGGCGGAGCUGAUGGGCCACGAGUCCUUCCAGGUCAAGGAAAUGGCACUCUGCACCCUUAUGAAGUUUGUUGAGUUGGAGGCACAAUAUCCAUUGAUCAAAGUAGAGUGGAAGGGGACUUUAACUUUUCCUCGUGAACUUCUUAAGGUAGUUGUUGAUGGCUUACUUCCCAUAAAUGAGGACGCUUCGCUCCUGAUUUCUCGAUUUCAAGAAUAUAUGGAGUAUGAUGACAUUCGGUACUUUGUCAUAAAGGCAGUCACUGAGAGUAUCGGACAAGUCAUGCAGAAGACAAAAGAGAGGCCACUGCCAUUUUAUCAGCAGAACGUAUUUUCCCUCAUUUCACCCGUUAACAUGCCGAACAAAGAGAGUGACAUGGUCAAAUUUAUGGUGAAGCAAGAUAACUGGGAGGAGUUGAAAGUGUCAAAGCUACAGGCGCACAAGCAGGCAUUUGAAAAAAUGUGGCUCAGUUUUUUGAAGCACAAGCUGCCCACUGGCCUUUACAAAAAAGUUCUUGUCAUUCUGCAUGACUCCAUCCUGCCUUAUAUGAACGAGCCCACUCUCAUGAUGGACUUCUUGACAGUGGCCUAUGGCAUAGGUGGAGCAAUCAGUCUUCUAGCCUUAAAUGGAUUAUUUAUUCUGAUUCAUGAGCAUAACCUGGAAUAUCCUGACUUUUACAAAAAGCUGUAUAGUCUCUUAGACCCUUCUAUAUAUCACGUGAAGUACCGAGGCCGCUUUUUCCAUUUGGCUGACCUGUUUUUGUCUUCAUCUCACUUGCCAGCGUACCUGGUGGCAGCAUUUAUAAAGCGCCUCUCCCGGCUGGCCCUGACUGCUCCUCCCGAGGCUCUACUCAUGGUCAUUCCCUUCAUCUGCAAUCUCUUUCGGAGGCACCCCGCCUGCAAAGUGCUCAUACACCGACCUAAUGGGCCAGAAGAUAUGUCAGAAGAUCCAUAUAUUAUGGAGGAGGAGGAGCCAUCUAAAAGCAAGGCUUUGGAGAGCUGUCUCUGGGAGAUUCAGUCUCUACAAAACCAUUAUCACCCAGAUGUGGCCAAGACCGCUGCUAUCCUGAACCAGUCACUGUCGGAAAUAGAGGACGACAUAUCAGGGCUCCUGGAGCUCUCGGCUUACGAGCUUUUUGAUAAAGAAGUAAAGAAAAAGGCUGGUGAUGUGCCCCUGGAGUUUGAGCAAAUACGAGGUUUGUUUGGGAAGAAAAAUGAUAUUUUUGCAGAGCACUUCGCUUUAGAUUGACACCGUCUCUUAUAAACACAUCUGUGCAACUGACUGAUCUUAGGGACAUGCACAAAGCUCACAUGUUGUGCUGGGUAAUUCUGCCCUUGAAGUAUCUCCAUGUGAUGAGAGCUGGACUGCUUGAGAAACGUGCCACCUUCUUCAGUGACCUUUGCCACUACCC